GGCGCGGCGGAAGUGAUGCGUCCAGCUUCCGGCGGCGUGGGCGGGGCUUCGGGUCUCUUUCCUGGGAUAUCGGCAGACUGCAUGGAUGCAAAGACCCUUAGAAGUGCAACGCCCAGGAAACCUGUCUCAUCUGUCAGUGCGAGAAAAAUUAAGGACAAUGCAGCCGAUUGGCAUAAUUUAAUCCUGAAAUGGGAAACACUCAAUGAUGCAGGGUUUGCGACUGCAAAUCAUAUUGCCAACACGAAAAUCAGCUUAUUGAGCGAAAACAAGAUGGAAUUAGAGAGCGGCAGCCUGGCUUCUGAUGAAGAUGCAGAAAAGGUGCAUCCGGGAUACAGUAAGGAACUCGAGAUGCUGUGUGAGAAGCUGCAGGCCACCUUAGACAGUUUGACUAAAAUACAGGUGAAAAUGGAAAAGCUGUCUUCAACUACCAAGGGAAUUUAUGAACUGGAAAAUUACCAUUAUGGGGAGGAGAACGAACGGCCCCCCCUGUUUCAUACAUGGCCCACAGCCCAUUUUUACGAGGUUUCCCGCCAGCUCUCCAACAUGUAUGAGAAGGAGCUCCGCCUGAAGUACCGCAUUGCCGAAGAGCUCGCACACACCACGGACCACGACCUCACCCUGAGCUACCUGUCCCUGUGGCUGCACCAGCCCUACGUGGAGAGUGACAGCAAGCUGCUUCUGGAAAGCAUGCUGCUCGAAACAGGGCACCGAGCGCUGUGACCUCCCCACAUGGCUUCGUGUGUGUUCUCCAGGCCGUGGACCACUGGCCUCUGCAGCCCAUGGAGGACAGUCGUCCAUGCAGGACCCAGUGCGGUCCCCAGCAUCAUGCCCUGUGCUCUGGAGUGGCCACCCACUGACCUUCAGUCUUCCAGACUGGACCAUCUCACCAGCUCCCUGCGGCCUCUCCAGACAGUUGUAACUGCUGCGUGCCACCUGCCGCUCAGUGCCAUCUGCACCCAUGGUGAACCUGUCACCCAUGAGGACAUCUGCGUGAAAUAAAUGAGUUCCUCAACAGAAUGAUGGCGUGAUCUUGUUUCUGUAAAUCCGGUGUAUUUUACGUGGAUUACAUUUGUGUAGAAAAUUCCUGGUUUAGUAUUUUUGUUUUAUAUUGAUCUGUAUUGUUUAAAUUUGUAUGAAACUAUAUUAGUUUUGUAAUCACAGCUAAUGUUUAAAGUACCAUAGAGUUAUCUGGGUAAAGAUGGCAUCAUGGAAAUGAAAACUACCCACAGAAAAACAGCCUCUGGGGGCGGCCGGUUAGCUCAGUUGGUUAAGAGCACGGUGCUCUUAA